GAUGCUCGACGGUCCCGGGAUGAGAGCGCAAGAGAUCGCCAACCUGGCGUGGGCCCUGGCGGUGAUGGGCGAAGCCGACGUCGAGCUUCUCCAGGAGCUCCUCCGAUCGGCUCAGGCGCAGAGGAGCAACUUCACGUUGAUCGAGAGCCAUCAGCUCUACCAGGUGUACUUGCUCUGGGGUAAGGACAUGCCCGAGCUGUGGAAAGAGCUUGACGGAGAGUUCCUUAUGGCCCUGAAGCGCCGGUGGACCGACAAUCAGCAGAGGACGAAGCGCUCGUCGUGCUCUCACCUCGAAAUAUCGCACGAGAACGAGUCGGAGCACGACAUCGACAUCGAGGUGGUGGGCGUCGGCCUGGCGAGCGAGGACUGGGACUUUAGGUCCUUCUCCGCCGGCACCGGUCCGAACCCGGCAGAUCCCGCCGAGGUGCGGCUAAAGCUGGCCCUCGAGGUGGACGGGCCGGCGCACUUCACCAAGAACACCGCGCGGCCGCUGGGGCACAUGGUGCUCAAGCACCGCACCCUGUCCAAGAUGGGCUGGACGGUGGUCUCUAUCCCUUUCCUGGAAUGGGAUCCGAUCCCGUUCUGGUCCAGCAUGGAGAAGAAACGGUACCUGCAGAGGAAGCUCGGCAUCACCAGGACCAUAUUCUUCGGCGGAACGGACUGCAGCAGCUUCAAGGGCUGGUCAACUCGCUUGGGGAAACCCUCUCGUUUCAACUGAAAUUGCCACAUGUUCUAGUUCUUGACGCUGCAGUUUUAAAUUUUCAGUUUCGGGCGCCGGCGGUGAACCACCGCUUGUGGCAGCCUGCAGCGUAUCCUUGCCGCAUGUCUGCGAUGGGGGGAUCGUGCUCUUGUAAGACAGUAGGUGUGGCGGCCGACAGCAUUUUCUUCUAGCGGCAGCAAUCGUGAGGGAGCGAGCCCCGUUGUGUGACACAAGAGCAAGCGGUAGUGUACGUUAACUGCCCCCUUGCUGCCGUCUAAGAAUUCUUGUUCCUCGAGCACGGAUCGGAAAAUGGCGCCCGACAAACGUCUCCGCCUGGUAACGUUUGUGGCCCAACUCACAAGCUGCCAGGAGUGAUUUUUACGAGGCACACAUGGUCAAAUAUGUAGAUUCUAUGUAUUCGUCAGAGAGAGAAAGGUGCCCGCAGUUUUUUUGAUCGGCCAUUUUUUUUUAAAAGGAAAUUUCUUCCGGUUGAAAAUUCAGGUAGUAUGUGUUACUGCGGUUCCGGGGUGGUCAUGUCUUCUGAGAACACGCCUGACGUAUGGUCGUCCGGUGUUUGUUCCAUGUGUGAAAAUACGUGUUGAAUCGAUCUACUUUUGUACGUGCUUCGAAAUUGGUUUUGAGUUCGAGGAUGCUGUGUGCGUGGCUCGUUUUUGUUUCGCGCGUCCGGCUGCAGCCAUCGAAUUAUAACGAUAUAACGAGUAGUCGACUAGUUUUGGUGGGCAGGUACACCGGCGGGAGGAGUAGUAUUAUCAUGUCCCUAGGAUGAGUACGACAUGCCACGUCCUCCGAAUGAGAAGGGAGAGAGCAGACUUUGCAGAUGGAGUAAACCGGCCAUUGAACGAACGCUUAAGUCACCCCUCGCGCCAACAGCUCGUU